AAAAUGGCUUCCUCAGGAAGACCCGAGCACAGAGCUCCACCAGAAAUUUUUUAUAAUGAAGAAGAAGCUAGGAAAUAUACAUCUAAUUCUCGAAUGGUAGAAAUACAACAGCAGCUUUCAGAACGUGCAGUAGAAUUAUUAGCUCUUCCACCAGAUACACCUUGUUUUCUAUUAGAUGUUGGUUGUGGCUCCGGUUUAAGUGGAGAAUGGCUAUCUGAAGAAGGACACAUGUGGAUUGGUGUAGAUAUCAGCCCUAGUAUGCUAGAUAUAGCAAAAGAAAGAGAGGUAGAAGGGGAUGUUAUUUUAUGUGAUAUGGGAUAUGGAAUGCCUUUUAAGCCUGGAACAUUUGAUGGUGUUAUUAGUAUAUCGGCACUACAGUGGUUAUGUAAUGCAGACAAAAGAUAUCAUCACCCUCCUAAAAGAUUAUUUAAAUUUUUUUCAACACUUUAUGCAUCUAUGAGUCGUGGUGCAAAGGCAGUCUUUCAAUUAUACCCUGAAAAUAGCUCACAGUUAGAAUUAAUAACAUUUCAAGCUAUGAAAGCUGGUUUUACUGGUGGAUUAGUUGUAGAUUAUCCUAAUAGUACUAAAGCUAAGAAAAUAUUUUUAUGUUUGUUUACUGGAGGAGGGAAUCAAACUUUACCAAAAGGCCUGGGGACAGAUGUUUCAGAUGAACAUGUAGCCUAUAGUGAUAAAAGAGUCAAUUUUGGUAAAUUAAAAGGAAAAUCAGUAAAGAAAAGUAGAGACUGGGUAAUGGAAAAGAAAGAAAGGCGAAGAAGACAGGGGAGAGAAACCAGACCAGAUUCAAAAUACACGGGCAGAAAAAGAAAACCAAGAUUCUGAUAAUAAUAAACUUGUUAUAUUCA